CUGCUUGCAAAGACAUGGUUGUGGUGGCCAUUACGUUGGACACAGUGUUCUGUUUUUUUAAUUCUUUUUAACGAAAUUAGUUCCUACAGCUCAUCGUUUAUCGGCAAAGUAGGUUUUGUUAGUAACGAGCGCAAAAGAGGACAAAACCAACCUGUCGGUGUCUUCCGAGGGGCGGGGCCGUAGUGUCACGAGAGCCACGUCAUAGGCCCAGUUUAAGUUAACGUAGCUAGCCCUGCUACUAGUCCUGUUAGCUAGCUAGUUGACGGUUUACAGGUGCAGGUUAUAUAACCUUUUGACUCCUGGUGCCGUAUUGAAUAAAAAUGAGCUUAGACACACUUUUCCAACAAAUUCUUGUAACUGAACAACAGUUAACUGAACAGACACAGAAAGUCAAAGAAGUCAAAGUAGCCAUCAUCAGAUACAAGGAGAAGAUCAAGAGCGCCGCUGAGAAGAAUGAAAAGACCAAUGAGCUACUGGAUAAAAAGGCUCAGCAGUUGUCCGCAAUGAGGCUGCAACAUGACCUGAUGAAGAAAUGCGAAGAGCAGAUGUUGAAGAAAGUUGAGGAACUGCUGUGCCUGAGAAGCCAACGAAGGGAACGUCUUGCCCACAUAAAGCGCGAGCGUAAAGAAGAGGAGGAAACCUUCCUUCGAGAGAUCUCAAUGUUCAACAGUGACUUCAGUCUCUGUGGGAACAGAAGCAUAGUGUUCCAGAGCCAAACACACACUGAGAUCCUGGACCUGCAGACGGAGGUGGAAUCAUUAUACAAAGAGAUGGAGCUGAUGAGCCGUAGGAACAACCACGUGAGCGCCAUGCAGGAGGAGAGGCGAGCGCUCCAGCUCACGCUGCGAGGCCUGGAAGACACACAGAGAGACCUGGAGCGGCGGUUGAUUGAAGCCGAAGCAACAACGGCGUCUCUGAGGGCCGAGAGCCUGUCCGUGAGCCGGAGACCUCUCACUGACGCCACCUGUCUGAGGCUGAGGAAGGAGCUGGAGAUGCACAAAGAAGAAGAGCUGGAGCUGCUGCGAGAGGCGCUCAGCUCCGAGAUCCACUUCCUGAAGUCGAAGCUGGACAGCAGCCAUGGAGGAGAGCAGCAUUAGGUUUGGCACAAUGAGGAGACAGGAACACGCUUAUAUUGGUUCACGGAUCGACUCUUCUCUCAGAAAGCCAACGUGAGCACAAAUAAAGAGGAUAGAACAAACAGAGCGAGGUAAUUGGAGAGGGUGUUAUUAUAAUAUUUACUUUAAAAGUGAUAUGAAAAGAGCUAAUUCCCUUCUGUGAGCCGCCUGGGUCGGAACAAAAAAGGCUUUGUAAAUGUUGCUGUUGUGUGUCAUGUACCCAGUGGAAGAUGACAUUAGAAAUGAAACCAUCUGGUUAUUUUUUCCUCUUUUCCUAUGAAGCCCAAACAAAAAACGCUUCAAUGAGGAAUAUUGACAGUUACAUUUGAUUUAUGUGCAUUUGAUUUAAAAGUGACAACGCACAGCUGCUCUGUGAACACAAUGUUGUGUGUUUCAUUGCUGGCAAGUAAAUAAAGGCAUUCAAAAG